GGCUGCGGAUCGCGAUGCGCUUUGGGAGGAAGCCGCGUGAAGGGGGUCCUGUUCAGCUGGCCCUUGUAACCCGUGGAAACUGAGGAACCGAGGGGUCAUCUCACCCCUGAAGAUGGGAACGUGAAAUCCUCCCCACCCGCGUAUUAAGACUUUUGCCCUCUUCUGGUUAACGUGGUCUGCUGAGAACAGACCCAGUGCCCGAGGAAGGAGAAGAUGCUGCUGCCAUGAUCGGUACCACUGAGUCUCUAUCAGAGGAGGAGCAAGAAGAGCUAAGAAAAGAACUUGCGAAGGUGGAAGAGGAAAUCCAGACUCUGUCUCAAGUGUUGGCAGCCAAAGAGAAGCAUCUAGCAGAGAUCAAGCGGAAACUUGGGAUCAAUUCUCUGCAGGAACUAAAACAGAACAUUGCCAAAGGGUGGCAGGAUGUGACAGCCACAUCUGCAUACAAGAAGACAUCUGAAACCUUAUCUCAGGCUGGACAGAAGGCUUCAGCUGCUUUCUCAUCGGUUGGGUCAGUCAUCACCAAAAAGCUGGAAGACGUGAAAUUGCAAGCCUUUUCACAUUCCUUUAGUAUACGCUCCAUUCAACAUUCAAUUAGCAUGCCUGCAAUGAGAAACUCCCCAACUUUCAAAUCAUUUGAAGAAAAGGUGGAAAACUUAAAGUCUAAAGUAGGGGGAACCAAGCCUGCUGGCGGUGAUUUUGGAGAAGUCUUGAAUUCGACUGCAAAUGCCAGUGCCACCACCACGGAGCCUCUUCCAGAACAGACACAGGAAAGCCUGUGAGAUCCUCCUUUUGUUCUGCUACUCACUGCCAGAUGCUGCAAGCGAGAUCUAAGCACAUCUUGUCAACAGUCAUUGCCAUGAAUUUCCACCAGAUGUGCUUUCAUUUAGCUUUACAUGUUCUUUUGACCAAAUAGUUUGUGGGUUGAACGACAUAAAAACAUCUUCACCUCUGUUCCUGGGAAACACCCUUUCAUGUGCAUUCAAGGCCCUUUAUUUAGGAAACAUCAGUAUAGAAACACGCAUAGUACGUGGGAUCCUCACUAGAAUGAUCAUUGUUUUCCUCUUUUACAAAAUUGCUCUGGAUCUGGGAUAGUAGUUUGACCUUUGUCUUCUAUAUGAUUUUCUUUUUCUCUUUGAAUCUCUGUAUAUUUGAUUCCUAACUAGUAUUGUUCUUUAAAAUUUGCUGUAUCCUGGUUAUUAAAAGUUUUGGCAUAAUUUUCUUUACUUCCAAGGGAAGAACUACUGGCCACAAGAAAAUGUUUUCAAAUAAAAACACAGUUUUGGUGUAAGGUAUCUUAUAUCUUGGGUCUCUGAAGACAUCAAACUAAAAUCAGCUCUAUAUUCAGUUUGUUAUAAUUUUAUAAAUGACAAGAUGUACAGUGAUUCAAAAUCCUAGGCGGCUUGAGAGUGGAACCCUCCACAUCCUUGUUUAGCACCAUCUGUGACAGUCACCAUUUCAGUGUGCUGCUUAUUAAACUGCUUACAUCAACUUACUGUUCACCAGAUUGAAACUUUAGUUUUGGAGGAAAUUGUAAAAUAACGUUCUGAAUCACGCAUAUAGGUUGAAAUAUGAACACUCUCCUCAAAACAUUCAGUUCUAAAGCCUGAAAGUUUUUUAGAUCUAGGUAGCCGAAAAGCUAAAAUCAAUCACAUUAGGUUUAACGUUGUUGUCUUCAUUUAAUUCAUUUAGCACCAUUUAAAAUAAGCACACGAAGUUAUAUGACUAAUAGAACUUGAAACAUUUUUCUACUAAGGGGUUGGUGAUAACUCCUGAGGAUUUAAUGCAUUAAUAAGAAUCAACUCAUCAUUUUCUACUUAUUUGUUUUCAGUGUGUUAGAAAUUAUAAAGUGAUACUGCAGACAUUGCCCCCAGCUUUGAAAACUUGAGUGUCAGGGCUGAAUGAACCAAAGCCUCCGGGAGUAUCUGCAUGGAGGCCAAGGUACUCUGGUAACUGUAAUAGCUACUCACGACCACUGUCUUUUCCUUGUGCUGUAUAUGGUUACACUGUUGUAUUUGUUAUUUAUCAAGUAGUGAUUGUUCUGUUAUUGUUUAUGCCAAAUGUUAAUUGCCAAGCUUGGAGUGACCUAAAGCAUUUUUUAAAAAGCAUGACUAGAUUUACUUUGGGAUAAUACUAUAUAUUAUGAAAACCAAAUCUGAAAAGCCACAAGUGUUGAUUGUUAUAAAAUAACACGCUGCCAUUCUUGAUUGUUACAGCUUCUUGUUAGCACUUCAGAUGCAAUUAAAACUAUGCUCUAUUACAUGUGAAAAGCUUAAUAAAUUCUGUGUAUCAGUAGUCUAGGUCUCGAGAUUUAUUACGAGACCAGUGGUCUGGAAACAGCUUAUUGAAUAAUCAACUGGUAUCCAUACUUUUUUAAAAAAGGCAGUUUUUUUUUUUAACCAUCUGCUUUAAAUCACUGCUUCAUGGUGUCAGACUGACAUACAUUAUUUACUUGAAGGGGCUUUAAGGCAAAGGUUGUUGAAGCAUUGUCCCAGAGGGGUGAAUCUGUAGAAAUCUGUCUUUUUAUAGAAAUAUUGUGGUUAUUCAACAUAGGUGUUAAAUUAUUUUUUUUCAACCAACUAGUCUUUCAGUUGUUUUUAUCAUAACAUCUCUUCAUCACAUGGUUUCUUGGGUGUCCUGCCCUAUUACUGUCUUUUUAACAAGGCAAAAUGGAGAGGAUGGCAAUUUCUUUAGUUGAGUAAAAUAUCCUCAAAUCUCUUUAUUGGGGGGAAAUGAUAGAAAUAGGGCUGGAAGGUGGCAUGGAUGUAUGUGGCUGCUGGUGAUGGUUGUGAAAGAAGAAACUGGAGAAUCACUUUUCUAGACAUCCACCUCCACUUAGUCUAGAGAUGAUUUAAUGUAUUGCAAAGUACUCUGCCUCUUAAAAGUAGCAAAAAGUAGAGGGGGGAUAAAUUUAGAAAAAUAAACAUCAACUUAGAAGUAUUACUCAAAUAGUCUUUGUGGAAGAUUCAGUAUUAUGAAUUCAAGGGCAUUUAAGCAAUUCAGAACAUAGUAAUUACUAAGAACACCAGAGAGGGGCCCUGGUCACUCCACUAUGUUUUCUGUUUGACACUCUUAAGAACGUAGCAACUCGAGAGUAAAAUCGCAGAUUGUUAGCGAUUCAAGCAGUGUGACAGAAGAAAAGUAAUUCCUGGAAUUAUCCCCUUAUUACAAAGGAACGUCCUUAAUGUAUGGAGUCUCUGGGAAAUAAAGCAAGAAUUCUUAUGCCUGUUGAGGCCAAAGUAAUCAAUGGAAGAGAGUAGUACUCACUGAAUUAUCCUAAUAGUAAUGCAAAUAAACUACUGAAAUAGAGGAAAAAAACAUGUUUAAUUUGGACUAUUUCUGGAUCUGUUAAUCAAGAAAUACACACUGUCUAUUAUUUUUGUAUAGUGCUUGAAAACAAUAAAAAUUCUAGUUUGGGUAUGG